UUGUAUUUUUGUUUCGAUGCACGGACAAAAUGCACGUGAAAAGUAUAAUAUUAGUUGCGUUGAUGGUAGUUAGUUUGGCAUUGGCUCGAGGAAUAACGUCGAGAGCCGACGGAGAUCAAGAGGAGGCGGAGGAGGAUAACGGCAACAACAACAACGGAGAGACAAUAGAAUUGGAUGGCGAAUCGGCAGCGGACCCAGUUAUUGAAUUGACAUCUACGAGCCAACAGGAAUGUGAAUUAGCUGCGAACGCGCCAACGGAUCGUACGUCGGCAAAUACAGAUCAAGCGAAUUCGCCUAGCGGGAGAUCGAUUUCCGACAAGAUGGACGGCAGAAAGCGCAUAAAUAUUGGAAGACACGUGAACCUCGACAGACUAAGAAAUGGAAUAAUGCGAGCCGGUUCUCAGCCGGGUGGCAACAUUUGGCAAAUUGUCGAGAAUUUCGACUGGAUAAGGCCAAUAAGUGAAAAUCGCGAAAGACUCGCUUCCAUGAUUGUCAGUCUGAUCGAUUUCCUUAUACCACCGCAGAUGCAAUACGUCGAUAAUACUCUUCGGCUAAUGGCAAUAAAAAACAGAAUGGAGGACCUGCUGGCGAAAAUCUUUCCGAACUUACACAUGUUACAGCACCCAACGGAGCAAACCAGCAAGUAUAUCCGAGGCGUAGAUUAGGAAAGAGUUUAAAGAAACGCCAGUGGCAUCAUCGUUAUUUUAAUUCUAUGUAAUCAUCAAUAUGGAUUUAAGGAUCGUGUAUGGUCUUGACGGAGACUUUGCCGUUAUCGUUAACACCAACAGUCGCUGAUUUAUGAGAAACAGUUUUGCCAUCAGGACCUGUUGAAGAACUCGAGCUUGAACUGCUGAAGACGCCAUAGUUAU